GGGUGGCUUUCUUGCCAGCCCAUUAUAUAUCACUCUCAUGGCACCGUGGCUCCUGUACCGCUGCCCAUUCAUCACAACUCCUCCCCUGCAUAGACGAUUGAUUCAUCUUUUGAAGAAACAAGACAGAAAAUGGCCACUUACUGGAAGACCAAGGUUCUGCCUGGCAUCAACAAGAUCUUUGACAAGGAUGGCAAGAAGGCGGCGGCCGUCGAGUUCCUCAAGUCCUUCAACAAGGAGGAGCUUGGCAAGGAGAUCGAGGACAAGAAGACGGACCUGGAGCCCAAGGUUGCGGAGACUUAUGAAGCAUCUCCUCCUGAGGUUAAGGCUCUGUUCAAGGACAAGAAACCAGUCAAGAUCAGCAAGAAGAACUCGGCUGCAGCUACUAAGUUCCUCGACGAGCUGGCUAAGAUCGAGUUCCCUGGAGCCAAGCUGGUGAGCGACGCGGUGGCCAAGUCCGGCACCACGCCUCUCUCCCCGGCGAUCACCUUCAUCUUGGACAAGGCUGCGCCGUUCAUCCCCAAGGAGGAGCCCAAGGCGGCCGAGCCGGAGCCCGCCGCCGCGGUCGAGGCAACCUCCCGGGAAGUCGCCGUGGAGGAGAAGAAGGAGGAGGCUGAGCCCGCAGCCGCUGCGGCGACGGAGGAGGCAGCGGCGACGUCGGAGGCGGUAGAGGAGAAGAAGGAAGAGGAGAAGAAGGAGGAGGAGGAGAAGCCAGCGGAAGCCGCAGCCGAGGCCGCCGCGGCGCCACCAGCUGCGGAGGAGAAGAAGUGAUCCAUGGACGCUACCGAAGAAGCAAGCAAGUCAAGCUCUACCUCGUCGCUGCUGGUAAAUUAAUUAAAGUUACCGUGAGAUGAAAUUAAAUUACUCUCUAGCUUGUCAACCGCGUAGGUGCAGCGCAAAGUGAUUAAAAAGUUACGCACAGUACAGUUGCCCAUGCGCAAACCUUUGCUUCAAUUACUGCAUGAACAUUUGUUAUUCUUUCUGUCACCUCGAUCGCCCGAUGGAUGGGUGUCUUGUAAAUUUGUUUUCUCUUUCUUGUUUUUUGAUUUGGGGUGAUUGAUCAAACAUGCAUAUAUGUGUAAUUAUUUAUAUUGAUAUGUUUGUUUGUUGAUGGUAAUAUUUAUUUGUU